AUGACUGCUGAUCAAGACGUAUAUCGCAAGACUGGAAGAGGUGGAGCAGGCAAUUACGUUGUCCAAAACAAGGCUGACGAAGCCGACAAGGAUCUUGAAGCUCAAAGCCUAGCCACCGACGAAGUACCCCCUCCAGAUCGCGCAACAGCCAACGUCCCAGCGCGCGCUGGACGCGGCGGAUCAGGCAACUACGUCAACCCGUCAGACUUGCCCGACGCGGCUGAGCAGGACGAGAUGGCUAGGAAGACUGCUGCUGCGGUGAACGCGAGUCUCAUGAAGAAUCCAGCUGUCCGGGGAGGUGGGCUGGGUGGUCGUGGAGGCGCGGGGAACUGGAAGCAUGCUGUUUCUUUCGAGGAGGAGGAGAGGAUGAGGGAAGAGGAGAGGUCGAGAGGGGAGGCUCUGGAGAGGAAAGUUAGAGAGACGGUUGAGAAGGGGUUAAAGAUGCCCGAGAAGGUACAUCAUGGACCUCAGCAUAUUAAGCGCAAUGAUUGA